GGGACCGCGACCGCGACUGGAAAGUAAACACUCGCACCAACUGACGAAAGGUUCACGAACUCCACUAGAAUCUCGGAACGCAGCCGAACGACGCCUACUUUUACCGGAAAGUUAGUAUCCGACAUGGCGCUGGAAGGAUGUGUCGCCUCGCUGCGGGGCAGCAUGCAAUUGCUGGAUUCGUCGAUAAACAUACUCGUUGAGGGUGUCAACGACUUCCCUAGAUUAAGCAAAGUGCUUCAGACAACAAGGCACUUCGAGCUCAUAUCCGAACCCGACCUCCAAGCCGCACAAUCUGCCCUCCUCUCUGAAAUCCGUCCCGAAGUCGAGAACCUCCUUCAACGCGUAAACAACUACCUAGACAAGCUCGAGCGCCGCGAACAAGCUCUAAUAGCGAAAUGCGAUCUCAACGAUGGCCGGCUAGGACGCGAUAUCCCAGGUGAAUCAGCAUUCGCACCGAAGAGCAGGAGCACUCAAGGGAAAGCAGGAGCAGAAGGAGGCAAAACUAUGAGCGCUCUGCAAGAGAUGAAGUACAAGCAGCUGAAGGCGAAGAAACAGCGGUUGAGUUAUGCGGUAGAGACAUUAGAACUGCAGGCAAAGCAGAGGGAACGGCAGCUACGUAUGAGUAUGGCUGCACCACAAUCAUUCUACGACGAAUAAACACAGAUAUACGAUAGUUUUAGGGCGCAUUUGGUUCUGGAAGAAGGUCUUCGGCUUCUGAGAUACCCACGGAGAGAACAUAAAUCACGGUUUUCAUCAUUGCUUGCCCCUCCUGCC